CUAGCAACAGGGGCCAGCCACAGCGCCAGCCGGGGAUAAUGGUGGCCCAGUGCAGCGCAGCCGAAGUGGCCGAGCGUCCAUGUCCGCGCUAGGCCUGGGUCUCUUGUUCGGCGGCGCGGCGGCGGUGGAGCGGGCGGCGGCGGCGUCGGCUGGCGGCCGCGACGUCGAGCGGCGGUUAUGAGUUCCCGGGAGUGCCCCGCGAUGCCCCUGUCGCGGACGCGGUCCCUGAUCGCCAACAUGAACGGCUCGGCGCCCUCGUCGGAGGCCGGCUACAUCGAGAAAAAUGCCGCCAACAACAACAACAACUCGUCGGCGCUCGGUGGCGGCGGCGGCAACGGGUCCAGCCUGCUGCUGCCGCCCAUCAAGAGCCAGACCAUCGCGGGCUUCAAGUUCCAGUCGAGCGUGCACAAGCUCUUCGACGUCGACCAGAACGGCGACUCGCCCGACAACAAGGCGGGCGUCGGAGGCGGCGGCGGCGCGGGCAAAACGCUGGUGGCCACGCCGGAGCAGGUGAUGAAGAUGUACAUGCACAAGUUGAGUCCGUACGAGCACCACGAGAUCUUCAAUUACCCGCAGAUCUACUUCAUCGGUGCCAACGCCAAGAAGCGCCAGGGUACGCCGGGCACGCCGAACAACUGCGGCUACGACGACGACCAAGGUUCGUACCUUCACGUGCCGCACGAUCACAUCGCGUACCGCUUCGAGAUGCUCAAGGUGAUCGGCAAGGGCUCCUUCGGCCAGGUGAUCAAGGCGUACGACCACAAGCAGCACCAGCACGUCGCGCUCAAAAUGGUUCGCAACGAGAAGCGCUUCCACCGGCAGGCGCAGGAGGAGAUCCGCAUCCUGGACUUCCUGCGCCGUCAGGACCGCGACAACACGUUCAACCUGAUCCACAUGCUCGAGCACUUCACCUUCCGCAACCACACGUGCAUCACCUUCGAGCUGCUCUCCAUCAACCUGUACGAGCUGAUCAAGAAGAACAAGUUCCAGGGCUUCUCCCUGCAGCUGGUGCGCAAGUUCGCCCACUCGUUGCUGCAGUGCCUGGACGCGCUGCACCGAAGCCACAUCAUCCACUGCGACCUGAAGCCCGAGAACGUGCUGCUCAAACAGCAGGGCCGAUCGGGCAUCAAGGUCAUCGACUUCGGCUCCUCGUGCUUCGAGCACCAGCGCGUGUACACGUACAUCCAGUCGCGCUUCUACCGGGCGCCCGAGGUGAUCUUGGGCGCCAAGUACGGCAUGCCCAUCGACAUGUGGAGCCUGGGUUGCAUCCUGGCCGAGCUGCUCACGGGCUACCCUCUCCUGCCAGGCGAGGACGAGGCCGAUCAGCUGGCCUGCAUCAUGGAGCUGCUCGGCCCGCCGCCUCAGAAGUUACUCGACCAGGCCAAGCGGGCCAAGAACUUCAUCAGCUCCAAGGGCUACCCGCGCUACUGCACGGUCACCACGCUACCGGACGGUGCCGUGGUGCUGGGCGCGGGUCGGUCGCGGCGCGGGAAGCUGCGCGGUCCGCCGGGCUCCAAGGACUGGACGACCGCCCUGAAAGGUUGCGACGACCCUUUGUUCGUGGACUUCCUCAAGCGGUGCCUCGAGUGGGACCCCGCGACCCGCAUGACGCCUGCGGCCGCUCUGCGGCACGCCUGGCUACGCCGGCGGCUGCCGCGGACGCCCCAGACCACGGCAUCGGACUCGACGACCCAGCGCUCCUCGGUUUCCUCGUCGAGGUCGGUGAUCGCGUCCAAGGCGACCCGACUGGGAGACGAGCUCGCGAGUACGCUCAAACUGCCGCAGAUUGGCAAUCCCGUGUCGUGAUGGUGAUCCCGUGCGCGCGGAUUCUUUUUGUUUCUCCCUCCCUCCUCCCCGUCUACGAACCCGUCCCCGCCAUCGUGUUACGUCAAAUUGAGAGACCCAUGGCUCCACCAUUGUGUGUCAAAAAGGAAAGAAAAAAAAUGGGGGGGCCCGACGCGAGACCAGUGCAGUGUUGGAUCCCUCGUGGGAGAGCUCGGCUCCAAUGGGCCCCGUGCGCUUCGACAAACUAGUGUGCUGAGCGGUGGGGUUUCUUUUUUGCUUUUUCUUCGGGAGCCCAUCGGUUGUGGCCGUUUCGUUUGGUGUCGUCUAAGUGACUCACUCCCGCGGCAGUUGGUGAUAAUGCCCGCGGACGCAGCGGCGUUAAGUAGUUGUACGUCACCUCCUUCGUCCUGGUUCUAUGACGACAGCAGCAGCCACCGAGGCGACCUUUCCCACCCUGCAUCGGAUAUACACUAUCGUGGCGCAAAAAGAACAGCAGCGCGCGAACGAGGCAGCGGCGCACUUCUUGUGUAAAUCGGCAAGUCGAAGCAACAACCCUCCUAAAUAUCCUAACACUCCGCCAGCAGUGAUAUUCCUCUUUUCUCUCCAUUUCUCAGGUCGAAUGAAUUCAUCUGAUACACGAUUUGUAAUUCGCCCGUCGAGGCCCGCUCGUUUUGUGGGAACAAACUUGUUUCCCCUGUUGUUGACCGUUAAAGCCGGUUCCGAACGGGCGCAUAAAUUAUUAACGCAUGCCUCAACCGAAAUCUUUUCCUAUGUCAUUGUGGCGGAGUUUCCUUUUUUUUUUUAGACGUUUUGCCUGCCUUGCAAAACACGUGGUUGUGCGUCGGUUCUGUAUUCUCGCUGAUCGCGCUGAACUGUUUGUACAAAUUUUUUUUCUUUUUGGGGGGGCGCGAUUGAGUCAGGGAUGAACGCAUUUUUUUAGGCGGUUCCCCUCGGUAUAUAUAGUAUAUACAUUAGCAUGUCGACCUCGCCUGCGUUUUGACCUCAUUUGACCUCUGUGUGUGGCUCACUGCCGUUUAUUUAAAUCCAUUUUUUUCAACUUUUUUCUUUCUUUGUCCUCACUCGCGCGAAUUUUCUUAAGGUGUUUGUUUGAGAAAUCGGGUCUGCAGAUGCGGCAAGGUUGGUUAUUACCUGAUGGUAGUAAGGGUUAUGGCGAAAAACCAAGCAGCUAAAGACUUCAUAAAAGAAAGAAGAGACGCGAUUGUCGCAAAAGAAAAACAAAAACAAAAUCGAGUCCGCAGAUCUGUGAUAUUUUGCGUACGGACUGUGCUAGCCCUACUUGCGAAAAAGCCCCACAUUUUGAUUUCGCCUCGGCGCUUCUUUGUUCUCAUCCUAAUGCACGUUCGUCCGUCGUACUUCUCCCCCAUCGCGGGUUGGUUGGCCGCCCGCGCCGGUUGCACGGGCAGUUUUCGCUUUUUAUUAUUAGUUUUUUCUUCGGUCGAGCCGCGAACCCCUCUUUCCGGUUAUAUUUGGGUUGGAGAGUGAGCGAGAAGGCGCUUGGUUACUUUUUUUUUUCUUUUCCUUUAUUCAUCUUUCCCCUUCUCCAUGCGGGGCGCUACUCCGCUGCCGCUUUGCAAAAGGAAGGUAAAAGAAAAAGAAGCCUGGCGUCUUUGUCGCUGCAUCGGCUGUGCUCGAAACCUAAAGGGCGCAUUGUCGCCUUAGCGCGCCUUCCUCUGUCGAUGAUUCUUUCUCUCGGUCGCCGAGCAGCUGCUGUCCUUUCUUUAUUCCUCGGGGGCAGGGGGGAAAACGAAAAAAAAAAAAAGUGAGUCACCAGAGAAGCUGGCUUCUCGUUCACGGUGAAGCGCAUCCGCCAUGUUGGAUGCGCGCAGCCUGGCAUCCCGAGUAGGACAACGCCGUGCCGAUGCGCCUUGUCGGAUCAGCGGCUCGAUUUUCUUUUUCUCGCGUCGCCGCCGGUCUCUAUAUAUUCUUCCGACCCCUCCCGACGGACGACCUGUUGUGUGAUGAGAAUCGCUAGUGCCGUUGUCCGAUCAGCAGCUUCUCAUUUAAGCGCCAUUUUGUGGUUUUAACUUCGUUCCCUCCUCACUGUCGCGUAGCGUGUCAGCCCAAACUCUGUAAAUGAGAAUACUCAGUUUUCUUUUUACUUUGUUUCUCGUAAUUGUAGUGACGACGCGGCGGCUCUCCAGCGAAACCAAAGAGUGGUGUUAUUAUCAGAGAAAUAGCAGCAGCAACAAAUGCUCAAAAACUGGACAAGAAAGUAUACUGACAAAAGAGCGGGCGCCACAUCGUUUCGAUUGCAAACUUUUUUUUUUUUUUUGCUUUCCUUUUCCGCGAACGCGUCCCUCUUCUCGAGGCGGCGAAACGAAGAAACUACUGCCAAUGUCCUGUGAUAACUGCAGCUACAUUUCUCAGCGCAGUGCGCUACCACCUCUAUAACAUUUGCGCGCCUUGGCGGCUAUCGCUCUGACUGCGCGAUUCUGUUCUUUCUUUUUUUUUUCUCGCAAGUACAACAACGUUCCAAUGGUUGAUAUGAAUGAACGAGAAGGGUGUUGGUUGGGCAGUGGCACGGGUUGACGUCACAGAGGCUGUUCUGCCUACGAUUGCACCGGGUCUUCAAUAUAACAGCAGGGGCACUUGGUGUUCGCGACGUCACCUCUGGCCUGGCGGAGCUUCUUGCUUCUUUCUUUUUUUUCUUCGACAAGAUGACCUCGCCCACCACAAGUCCUUAGCGAUUGUGCGAGCUUGAACAAAGAGCGUGUGUGUCAGCAUAAACUGGAUGGUUGACGUUUGGUCCAUCUCUUUACCCCUAGCCGAUUUUGAGGAUUCAAGUUAAGAUAGAUUGUAGCAGCCCGUGCAGAUAGCUGGCACGGGUCUACUCGAAGUAGAUCUCGACUGCUGAUGCAGGUAGCUGAGAGUCUUUUUUUUCAUGCCUUAAUCGUGGAUAGUCAAAUUGAAGUACACAGAAUACUGAUCUUUGACACUGGGUUUCCUUUUUUUUCUUUGGCCCAACGAAUAGUUGACAAGUCAGUCUGGACUGACGUUGGGUUCCUCUUUUGUGCCCCAAACAAUUGCGAUUAGUCAAAUCCAACUAGAUGAACUGAUAACUGUGGUUGUGAAAUAGUGGUGCUCUUGAAGUGUUUUCUUUUUAUUUUACUUCAACAUUUCGUGUAGAUACUGUUGGUGGAUCUGACUUAGCCAGCUGUCCCAUGUUUUGAUAGUUAGUUGUAGGUCAUUGUAUGCUUGAGCACUGCAAGCUGUGCUUUGUUUUUUUUGCACAGUGACGACUGACUAUUUAGUAUUGUAAAUGCUUUUUCCCAGGUGUGUUCAUGCCAAGCAUUAGAAGAGAUUACAGUGUGAAACUUCUUUAAAAAAUAAUUUCGAAGUGGUACUUCGUGUUGUUCCCUGGAAAGUAUGAUGCUGCAAUUCACAUUUAAUUCCCACUUUCUGUGAGAGGAAAGUCCAUCACUCUCUUUACUGUUUGUGUGCCCACUAUAAUUCUCUGCAUUUUUUUGUCCUGUAUCACACUUUCCUGGGACAUCUUCUAAUGGAGUGGGAAAGAAAGUUUGCAAUGUUUCAUGUUUAAAUUGUGUCUCAAGUUACGUGAAGUGUGACGGUGAUGUAUUCUAGUAUAAAUUGAAAUGCAAAUACAUGAAUGGCCGUUAGUUGUCUGUUUGUGUCACCAGAGGUUCACUGAAUCUACACAAAAUUAAACAAAGACUGUUCAACUUAAAAGAGAAUUUGAAUUGACAGAGCUUAUCUUUAAAAUUGGCAGGUAUCAGCAAAAGAAUAUCCCCUAUGUGUGGUUUCACCUGAUUCUGGAAUCUGGCCAUCAUGCAUUUUCAGUUACAAGAACAUCCUGCAGCCCCCGAAUUCGAUGACUUGAGCCUGAAUUUGGCUAAUGUAGCUCACACUGCUGAAUGUAGGAAGGCAAAAAUAUGUUCUAGUUUACGUUGCCUUGCUCACACUUCAUUUAAUUGACGUUACUUUCUUGGUGAAAGGGUAAAAUGUGGUACCGUGGCAUGAAUCUCAUUUACGUGCAAGGUCCUGGGUCGAUUCCUUUCAGUGCCGCUCGGGUGAUGACUGUUCUCGAAUGUGCAUUCUGCAAUACAGGUGUGCAGGAAGCAGUCGGUGACCGAUCCCCUGUUGGCAGACCUCCUGGCAGCUCUGAAGUGGCUUGCGCGUGCGAGACCGUACGACAGACAGGGCCCCCCUUAGCUCGGGCAUGAGGUUGAAGACCUCCAGUCUGUUUUUCAUUAGUCAGCUGUAGCUCUUUCAGGAACGACUCCCCGUCCCUUUUCUCUGUCGUCUCUCCGGCAUUGGAUCUAUGCCCAUUCGUGUGGUCCCUUACUGCUUCCCGCCACAUCAGACGUGCCGCCACCCGAAGUUUAAUUUGGAUGGCAAAGCGGUGUUGGCUGAACCGCGGUCUCUUUCAGGCGUGCAUGCUCUUCCUUCCUCCGUGCGGAAGCCACCUUUGCUGCCCCACUGUCCCACUUUGCUUCUCUGUCCGGAAAUGCUGGCAACGGUCUCCCCUUACCCUUCCGCGGUGUUUCGCCUUUUCGAUGUUGGUUGUGCGGGGAGCUCGGGUCCUGGGGGUAAGGGAAAAUGGGGGGGGGGCGUUCCUUUUUAUAGCUGCACGCAGCUUUUGUUUUUAAUUGAGGCCAGUUUUCGCUUGCGCUGGGACCACAUCUUUUCUUUGAGAUCUGUGUGUGACCUGCUCAAGCGCUUUUGCAGGUUGAACGCUGUUGAGCAGGGUGCCGCAUUACUCACGAACAACACAUGCUUGUUGUAUGUUGUGACAUGCCAGCGUUACACGCAUUUUGUACUGGCGUUGUACUCUUUCUCGUGAGCUAAGUAUACUUUGUGGCUGUGUGGAAUGGUUCUACUUUGCGAGGCUUCGUUGUGCUGUGCUGUCUCCUCAUGCUCAGGUGGUCUGGUGAGCACUGGAAGAAACUAGUUUUGGUUAGCGUGUAGCGUUCUGUGGACAUGUGUUAGGAACCCGCUGUGAAUAGCUAGUUGACAAACACUGAAAGAUCAUGUCAUGCCUUUGAGCAAUGCUUUUAAAACGAUCCCUCUUUAAGUACUACAUCAUUCUGCACUUUUUCUUUUCAAGCCUAGCGUUUCUUCGUGUGUACAAAUCCAGUUGCUUGAUAGGUCUCUUCGCGGGUAUAUUUUUUCCCCCUUGUGCAUGUUAGGUACUUCUCUGGUAGCACUCAAAUAAGAGACAUUGUUAAGCUUGUUUCUCCCACUGAACGUAGGCUAAUUUAUAGCAAUUUCUACAGCCUAAGCGUAGUAGCCACAUAGCCUUGAAUGUGCGUGGGCGUUUGCACCGCAUGAAUGAAUUAUGUAGCCACAUCUCUCAUGAACAGCUCUUAUAAGCCACCAUCCCAUCCCCCCAGAAAAAAAAAAUGAUUGUUUCAGUCAGCUUUUGAAUGAGUGAAGGGUUGAUACAUGCACUUUUUGUAUUGGAAUGGUCAGCUUAUCUUUCAAAUUGUGUGGUGCAUAAGAAUUGUGCAUUGCGUUGUGGUGAUCGCUCGGGGCAGGCAAUACUACUUGCAAUCGAGUCAACAUUGAAAGUGGUUUUAUGGGGCUAAUGGCAGGAGAUUGAGCUUUAUAACAUAAAAAUGCAAAAUUAAUCUUGCAUGAGCUCUUGACAGUGUAUGUGACCUAAAUGCACUUAUGCAUUCUGUUAUGGCAGGCCUUAGAAGCAGGCGAGGCUCUUUACAAUCGCUUUAGUGUUGGUAAUUCUGUCAAUGCAGAUUUGCUUAGUAACAACAUGCAGCAGGGGGAUGUGGUUGUAAAGCGCAUUCAACUACAUAUGGGGCUAUCAUAUAUAUACACAUAUGCCCAGAGCAUAUGGGCUGUCAGGAUGAUACCUCUGCUAUAGCAACGCGAGUAAUUCCUAGCAUUAAAUAAUUCCGAGAAUUCCUUGCAUUAAAAGCCAACUGCAAAAGAAUUCUUGACCAUGUAAAGUACGUAGUUUCAGCUAGCAUAGAUAAAGUUCAGCCUCUGUGCAAAAUUUUGUGUUUGUAAUGCAGGUGGCUGCAUCACGGAAAGGUAACAAAAAUAGAUGCUUUCAAUAACAGAAUUGAAGAAGAGAAGAAAAAUGAAGGUUGUUGCCACUAUCGCUUGUUGCAAGUGAUGUAUGACCAAGAGCAUGUGGCUCCUCAGUAAGACCUCAGGGAUUAACUGGUGCCUGCAACUGCCUGUGGGGCGCUUAAAGAGUCUCGAAGGCGACAUGCUGGGACUUGUGUCAUAUCGCAUAACCGCCAGGUGCAUGUGUCGUAUGCUUAAGUGCUAUUUAAAGCCUAUAAAUAAAAAAAUUGUACAAUUAGUAAGCAAUCCUGCAGGUUUGACAAGAUUUCUUCAAUCGUACAUGCUACUUGUUUGUAACCAAAUUAACCAGAGCGAAACUUCAGUGCUGCUUCUGGACCCUCUAGGGACCUGUUUGGCAGGCUAGGACAACUAAUUAGUGGACAUCAUUGCACAGGAUCGCUGGACUUCCGUCUGUAGUUUUCUCUGUUAUUCAAAUUCUGGCACUAGCAAUAGUGUUGGUGUAAUGUCAUGUUUCGUGGUUGCUAGAGCUGUUUGCUUUUUUCUGCCCCGAUAGAUUUGCAGAUGCCUGCAAGUUAAACUUUCUGAAAUGCUCAAGUGGCACGAAAAUUCUAGUAGAUUUUUUUUUUCAAUAAUGUGCAAUUUGGCUGUCAUUAUGACAUCAGAAGUUGUUUCUUUAAGAGUUCGCUGGUGGCAUUGCCAGUUAGAUUUUCUACUCCUUCUGUUUUUGAAGCACGUAGUCUUGAUAAAGGCUACAUAUUUGCUAUUUCAGAAAUUUAGCAUAUGAAUUCAGCUUGGCUCUAUGCUUUCCUGUAAUGCCGCUUAAUAUUUGUAAGGCCUAGUGGUAUUGCCUAUGAUGUGGGAUAUUGCAUGUGAGCUAAAAUUUUGGUUUUAUGCAAUAGCAAAGUGGAGGAAGGGCUUUAAUUAUGCUUUAGGCAAACCUGGCUUCGUUUGAGUAUCAGUUGCAUUACAUGAGUAACCACUGCUUUUUGCAACAUUAACGUGGGUUCAUGGUUUUUCCGUGGGCUAUAGCAACCAUGAGGCCACUCUGAAGCUUGCUCGAGAAAGUCUGGUCAAGGUCAAAAAGGGCGCGCAGCAUCUGGUGGUGCUUUAACCGCUGCCAAAUGUGAUUAAAGAACUUCAAUCGUGAGGCCUUCUUACCAAGCACACAGAUGGUUGUAGCAACACAAAUUCAGGAGCUUUGUACGAGUGUAAGCAACGCAGGCUAGUUAGAUAAAAUAUCAUACAAGCACACGUGUCAAUAUACUUUUCGAACUCUUCCAUAGUCGGCAGCCUGCUAGCCACGAGAUAUUUUCAGUCUUCAAUGCUAGCAAUUUAUAAAGAUGGUCUGAUCACGUGUGCUUCUUGGGUAGAGAUAAGAUGGCAGCAUUACUCAUUUUGCAUGUCCUUUACUGAGGCACAUCAAUUAGUGCUGCACAUUUUGUCAUCGCGCUUUUGAUGCACAUCAUUGCAUUUCCUUUCCUUGUUUCUCUGCUUGGCUGCAUAUGUGCCGUCACACAUUUGCUAAGAAACUAGUGGUAUUAAACUUGGUGCAGCUUAUGUGGUCCUUGCCAGACAUUGAGGGACCUUUGUUUGGCUUGCUCAAAACCGGUGGGGCAGCAUUUAAAUAGCUCUCGUCCUGUCGAGGGGGGGAGGGUGUCAAUGUGUGGCACCCUGGGCAGCAGCAGCAGCAGCUUAGUGUUGUAUAAGUUGUCAUGCCGCCAGCACACACUGAUCUCUCCAAGGCUGCCGUCUUCCAGGGGAUGGUUCUAUUUAGGAAGGGGCCACAUCGUGCUGCGACUCUGUGGUAGCUCGAGUCGCCGGAGGAUGGUUCCACUCUUCGCCCCUGCUCUGGUGUAAUCGACGACACCCUGUUUGUUUGUUUCUUAACUAUUUCCUUUGCAAGUUCGACAUCGCCUUUCCAAAGAUCUGCUUUGGUGUUAUUGGCAGCCGUUCCGUUUUGUCCUUCCAUCUUAAGAAGAGCUGCCGAGAGACUUGUGUUGCCUGUCCUGUGGUGUCCCUGUCUCUUUGGUGCUCUGAUGUGCAUUCUUUGUCUCCAGAAGGUCGCUGUGUUUUUGUUGGCGGCAAACUUGCUCAGCACUUCUGUCUCCUGAGAGCCGUGUUGAAAGAUUGAGCAAGGGCACUUUGUCAGCACGGCUGGCUCAGCAGCUGGGCCGCCACUUUCGGAACUGGGAAGCGGAGCAACUGGUUAGUGUCAUGCACCUGCUAACACUCAGUGUUGUGCUGUGAACUACUUCAGUCUUUUCUUUGUUUUUUGACAAAGCACAUCACUCUUGGUGGUCUUGCCAAGAGGGCGUGGCAGGGUGUGGUUGGGCCCUUCCUUUGUUCUUAUAUCUUUGACACGGCUGAAGUUGUUGCUGCAGACGAGAUUGCAGUAGCUGACUGGAAGGCUCUUUUCACCAUCCCUGCUGCAUUGGCUACUUGGUCCCCAUGGAGACCUUGGGAUUAGUGUCUUGUCUGAAAACUUUCCUUUUCAGUUUCCUCUCUUUCCGUGACAUGUUGGUUGUAAUGCGGUUCCGUGCAAGGUCAACUCUUGCAUCCCGCGCAGUUUUGGUCAAUGUACGCACAUCUUGUGGGUGUUUGUUAAUGGAUACGCUUUUGCUCGUCACUUGUGUGCAUUUGUGAGCUGUCAUAGUAUCUUGACAUGAAGGUCGCCGCAGAUGGUGCAGAUAGUGUGGGCAAUGACCAUUACAGCACAGCCUAGAAUUCAUGUUCACGCUAGUAUUUUUGAAGCGCCGCAGUCUUUCUGUUGGACUUGGAAUGGCGAUUACUGCUACAUGCUAAAAUAUUGGUCGGCUGCUCUUGCGAUUUGUGGGCCUGAGGUUUGUUUGUGACUGAAUGUCUUGUGUAAAAUUUACUCGUGCAGACACUAAUUUUGGCUCAGGCCAGGUUAGCAGCCCUUUGCUGCCACAAAUUUUGCUCAAGUGAAAAUCGCUGCUGGGCUGGUUUGUGCACAAUUGUUGUGGCAGACAAAUUGAGAGCAAGAAUGCAGCAGUGGGAACGCAUGCAUGCUAGUUAACUCUUAAUUUGGUUGCAGCGUCAAGAAAAGCUAUUGGCAUUGCCUGUUCUGCGUGUCCUGCUCUUGAUGAUCGACCUUUUACCUUGGAAAUUUCUCUUGUGGCGUGGUUCAAGGUGUAGCUUGCAAGAUUGAGUUAACCUGGAAUGUUGCGAUUGUGCCUACUGCCGACCUCGCCCACACGAUUGCAUCAUUUGCGACGACCUGACAUUUGUUGGGGACCCAUAAGUUGGUGCGUGGACCUUUCUGCAACACGCCACACAGCUGUAUGGUCUCGUGUUGAGCUGCCGCGCCCUCUGAGUUCCAUGCUCUCUGGGCGUCUGGCAUUGUUGACUUUCUGUUCCUCUAAUUGCGGUGUUCAAGUCUAUACAUCUUGUGUAUGUCAGUGUACGGGAGGAAGACACCACACAGUAAUUGUGUGCCUGUGCUUUUCCCUAUCUUGUGUCUUAGAGUGAAGCCAUUGCACUGUGGCUUUUCAACUUGGGUGUAUUGUUUUUUUUUUCUCUAUCUCAUGGUUGGGGCUUGGGAGGAGAGGAGACGACGAUGCUCUUUUAGUCAAGUGCGGGUGUCACGUGGAUUCGUACACCUUCAGCCAUUGGUGGCGUCAAUGUUGUCUGCCGAACCCUGUACAGAGGACGCUUCUGUGAGUGCUUAGUGAAUUGUGAAAUGUUGCGGCGUGGUGGACCGUCUCUUACUCUUUUUUUUUGCGACCUAGUGGCAGUGGAAAUAGCUUGUGUGCAUGUAUGUGAGUGCGCGUGUGCAUUUUAGUGUGUGCGCGGUUGCUAUGUGAACUUUCAGCAUUGUACAUAUGUGAACUGGAAUUAAACAAUGUGUGAUGAACUUUUAUACA